GUGAAUCUCACUUCAUUCCCAAUCACACCCGGGCCGAAAAGGAGUGUCUGUGCACCUGCCGCUCUCCUGCUCAGCUCUCUAUGAGAAGCCGACAUUACCGAGCUGUUGCUUUUCUCCCGGACUACACAUGGUGUCUCUUGUGGAAUCCUAUCCUUCUCUCCUGUGUUCCUCUUCACUAAGUUUCUGCACUGUUGGGAUGAUCACGCGCGUGCUUGUGUUCAGUGCUCAGUAAAGGCGCGCCUCAUCGCUCGCGCACCACCAAAUGGACUAGUCGGAUUUUCCCCUGGUUUUUUUUGUUUGUUUGUUUCUUUUGUUUUGUUUUCAAAUCACCCACUAUGGCUUUAUUACAGUUCUCUUUUGCACUCUUUGUACUAUCAGUGUGUGCUGUGGAGCUGCAACCUGCUCUUCAUGUGGACAUCCUUAAGGAGCUGAAUGUGGGAGAAUCUUUCACUGGAGUUUCCCCAGUGCAGGGUUUCCACAAUAACACCACUGCAUUUCUGUUUAAAGCUUGUCCAACCUGCAACGAUUUCCAUGGUCUGGUACAGAAAAUCAUGGAGCUGCAGGACAUUUUGGCUAAAACAUCUGGGAAGCUUGCUCAUGCAGAAAAAAGAAUGAAGACUCUGGAAGGCUGUUACUGUGAGAAGACCUGCACGCUCAACGGAGAGAUCUACAGGGACGAAGACGUCUGGAUAGACGGAUGCAAGAACUGCACGUGUCUGAAUGGCAGUGUUGAGUGUGAGAGCAUCUUCUGUCCUGCACCUCAGUGUCCUCCGGAUACUGCACCAGCCUACAUUCCUGGAGCGUGCUGUAAAGAGUGUCAGCCUGUGUGUGUAUUCAGAGAGAGGGUGUAUGUGGAAGGCGAACGGAAGAGCGCGCAUGACUCUACAGGAAACUGUCUGCUUUAUGAGUGCAGGGACCGUAAGAUGAGGAAAGUUGAAAGCAAAACUUGUCCAGAGCUCAACUGCCCUGAAUCAGAGCAGAUAACUCUCACAGAUCGUUGCUGUAAAGUGUGUCAAGGACAUGAUUUCUGUGCGGAUGGCUACAGCAGCAGCUGUGUGGAGAACUCCGAAUGUGUGAACCUGGAGGCAGGAGCCUGCUGCAGCUGCAGAGACGGCUACCGGGCAGUGAGGGAUGACAGCGCAUACUGCCAAGAUAUUGAUGAAUGUGCAGAGGGGAAACACUACUGCAGGGAGAACACGAUGUGUGUGAACACACCAGGAUCAUUCGUGUGCGCGUGUGACGAAGGCUAUCUCCGGAUCGAUGAUUACUCCUGCACUGAGCAUAAUGAGUGUAUAAGUGGACUCCACAGCUGCGAUGAGAACGCACUCUGCUUUAAUACAGUGGGAGGACACAGCUGCACCUGCAAACCAGGGUACCUGGGUAAUGGCACCAUAUGCAGAGCACAGUGUGAUGGAUUGUGCCAUAACGGAGGCUCCUGUGUGGCUCCAGACACAUGCAUCUGCCAACAAGGCUUUACUGGGAAGAGAUGUGAAACAGACAUUGACGAGUGUUCGAACGGCUUUGUGGAGUGUGACAGUCGAGCCACAUGUGUGAACCUUCCAGGCUGGUAUCACUGCGAAUGCCGCGAUGGUUACCAUGAUAAUGGCUUGUUUUUAUCAAAUGGGGAGUCUUGUGAAGAUAUCGAUGAAUGUGAGACAGGUAGGCACAGCUGUGCUAACGACACGGUGUGCUUUAACAUGGAUGGAGGCUACGACUGCAGGUGUCCUCACGGGAAAAACUGCACGGGAGACUGUUUUCAUGAUGGAAAGGUGAAGCACAACAGGCAGAUUUGGGUGCUGGAUGAGGACAGGUGUGCUGUCUGCUCCUGCCAGUCAGGUUUGGUGAUGUGUAGACGGAUGGUGUGUGACUGCGAGAACCCGACGGUGGACGUCUCCUGCUGUCCGGAGUGUGACCCUCGUCUCAGCUCUCAGUGUCGGCUCUACAGUGGCCUUCUGACUUACAACAGCGGUGACACCUGGGUGGACAAGUGCCAGCAGUGCCAAUGCAUCCACGGAGAGGUGGACUGCUGGCCGAUGCCCUGUGCUCCAUUGACUGACUGCGAAUUCGUGGCAGUGCCUGAAGGCGAGUGCUGCCCCCGGUGCAUUUCUGACCCAUGCCAGGCAGACACCUUGUUAAAUGACUUCACCAAAACCUGUGUGGAUGAAUACGGCAUCACUCGCUUAAGUGGCUCGACCUGGAAUAAACAUGCCACCGAGUGCUCCAUCUGCCAGUGCAAGAAUGGCCACGUCUGUUGCUCUGUGGAUCCUUUGUGCCUCUAGUGCCAUUGAAAAGGCGACUGUCUAUCUCACUGCCCUUUUCUCGUUUUCUAUCCCCAUCAUUUCUUUGUCUCUCUACUCCUUGCUUCCUCUAUACAGUAUCUCCUUCGUCCUGCUGCAUUUAUGUACACCUUUAGAUUUAUUUUUUACUCUCUUACAGUACAUGCACUGCAUCAAAUAGUCAUUGUGGCAAAAAUGCUUGAUUUAUUUAUUUAUUUAUUUAUUUAUUUACCUUUUCAAAAAAAGGUUGCUAUAAAACUCUUGUUUCUUGUUUGUUUUGCGGAAAUCUACUUACAUUGGUGAAAUUGCAAGCCCAGGAUUCUUAUUUUAAACACACGCCAGUGAAAACACUUUCUACAAGACAUGUGCUCACGUUCCACACACACAUCGGUGGAAGAGGGCUUUGGCUCAAUGUGUGUUGCGAUAAUGUCACAUGUCGCGUCCUGGCCAAAAUCUGCCGAAGAUCUGCGGUAGUUUUGAAAAAUGUAAAAAAAUUCCUGUGAUCGCAAACUCAUGAAAUCCUGGAGGUAUCAGAAGAAACCUAUCGUGUAAACAGCUUUUGCUUUUGAUACUCAAGUUGAAUUCCUUUGACCGCAAGUUGCUACCCUGAGAUUCUUGAUGCAUGGAGGAAAAAGGCUUUAAGCGUAAUGCUCAGAAAUCCAGAGGUCUAUGCAUCCCAUUGUAAAAUAGUCACUUUCAUCACUCCAUGAGCAUGACUCAAUCCAGCAUUAGCCAUUCUGCAGUAGUGCUAAUCUAUCCAUCAAUUUCUACCAGAAAAUGAAAGAUUUUGGUGUGUUUUCUUGCUUGAGAUUUUUCUUUCCGUAAACCUAAAACCUACACAUGUUCUUUUUUUGUUUUAUGUUGUAUUUUUUGUUUGUUGAACUGAUGUAUAAUUUAUUCUGUGGCUUGGUAUUAUGUAAUAGUGAAAUAAA